AAAUCAAUGGCUAGCACCAAACACCCAUAAGAACAUCCAAACGACUAAGAUCCAAAGCAUAGCGUUGGCGAGAUUACGAGCAGGCGAUAACUUACUCUUGCGGUCUGAACCGCACACUGGUAAGUCAUCAAGUGUGUUGCUACAUGCUUUACAGACUAGUUUGAAGAGAAUACCGCGUGUGCAGUCGAUGAGUAAACAUGCAGUUGAUUCUAUUAUUAUUGUGCCUACUGAUGAGAUUGUCGAAAAGUAUCACAGUUACACGGAAAUAUUGGUUAAGGGCAUGCCGGAAAAGUGUGUUCCCGAUACUAUUACAUUUACUGAAGAGCCAAAUGGCGAGGAUUUUCCUCCUUUUGAAGUUGAAAGAGUGCCCUUACUGGUUCAAUUCAUGUAUCACAACAGUGCACCUGCCACUGUGAGUUCUGCUACUGGUAACCCUCAAGUAUUGGUGACUACCUUGGACAAACUUCUACAGAUAUACGACAAUGAGGAGUCGCGUUCUGAUUUAGCAUCCGUCAAGUUCCUCGCAGUCGACAACCUGAGUUUAUUCUUCAAGUGUACUGACAUAAACGGAAUUUCGCUAAUCGGACAACGAGAAAACAAUGGACAUUUCUAUAAUCAUCUCACCUUACUAAUCAACAAUCUUCAACAAUUGAAAGCAAGAACUUUGUACAAAGAAACAGUGACCCGAUUGGAAUUAGUCGAGCAUGAAUAUCACCGUAAUCAUGACGUAACUAACACCAAGAAUCAUACCAAGCUAGUAAUGGCUAAAGAUCCAACAUUUGCCGAUCCAGGAUUGUACAAACGGUUAUCGUGGGAAUUGGACUUUCUCAACAAUCAAGAGAUUCAGUUUUGUUUCACAAUGACUCCAGAACAUGUACAUAAACUGAUCAUAACCAUGAACCAAAAUGAGAAACUCAAACAAGAAAUCGAAAGUCUUAAAUUGAAUGGGGAGUUUGAACAAGUGGAAACUCUCGAAAAAUCACUUGCUAAACGCCAAUCGAGAAAUGAUACUUAUGUGGGCAUAUUCAGUGAUAUACUAAACUACGAGUACCAGUAUCAAGAUGUUUAUAAACCUAGAAGGUUUAAAACAUCUGGUACAUUCCCAUUAUCUUCUAAAAAACUCACGGGAUACUUUACCAUGCUCAAGGGGGAAGAGCUAAUUGAGUACGAGUUCGUCCACAACCUUCCACAGUCUCAUGAAGUGAGAGAAUUACUUGAAUUGGCAUCUAGAAGGUCAUUAAAAUCAACCACAAAACAGUACCUUCACAAAAGAAAGCCCAAGUCUAUAAGCCACUUUAACAAUUUGAUUUUUAAGAUCAUGGCAAGAUUGAGUGAGAUCAACAGUGAACCAGCCAUAAUUGUUGUCCCCACUUAUAUAGACACCCAACAGCUUGUCAAUCAACUAGGCGAGUCAUAUACCGAAUAUAACACAACAAGCGUGACCAAAAACAUAGUGAUGACAGCCAAACAAUUCAUCGGUGUAGAUGUUCAAACACACAACGUGAUAAUUGCUGAUAUCGAUAGUUUAAUCCAUCAAACUGCAUUAACUUCAGGAUCUUCAGAAAAUCAUGAAAAGAUUCCUGGAAUUGAAGAUCCAUACGGUGAUUUGUUUUAUUCGUUUGUUUGGAAAUUACUAGCUACUCAAGAACAACCAAAUAUUAUCUUUGGAUUAAGUAGUAAAGAUGAAGAGAGUAUUAGACAAUUGUUUUCGUUUAACAAUGUUUCCAGUGUUAUUGAAGUAAAUAGAUUUAUUGAGUAGUCCUAGCAUAUGUACAUAGUUGAAGGCAUUUCAAUAAAUUCAUAAAUAGUAUACAAUUAAUGUUUUAUGCAGCAGCAGGAGCAUACUUUGUAUGUUGCUCGAGAUUGAAAUUAGCAUGUUCUUCAGGUUUAACAGCAGCGAACCCUAACUUGCUCUGCCCAGUAACCUUCUCGGGUUCACUACUCUCUAAAGUAUUAUAAAAUUGAAGAACCUUUGGAUGAGAUUUGACGCGAGAAGGAUCAAAGUUCAAUACUUGCAACCCUUCUCUUGAUACAGCUCUAGAUAGUGCAACAUAAGAUUGCCCAGUCUCAAACACCCUCUUCAAAUCAACUUUGACCUUUUGCAAUGUUUGCCCCUGUGAUUUGUGAAUAGAUAACGACCACGCCAACAUUAAUGGAAUUUGUUCUCGGACAACAAGGAUAUUUUCUUGAUCAUCUUCCAUAGUCCACUUUUCCGGCUCAAUCACUACUGUUCUGGUGUUUAUUCCAUCAGGAAGGAGGAACCUAACAAUGGGACAUAACUCAGAUUGCUCAGAUGGGUUAUCAUGAAAAACCCGGGACAUUUUCCGUUUCCUGUCCGAGUUUGCUUCUUCAGCAGCAGCACCACCACCACCACCACCACCGCCUGCUCCUCCUCCCCC